GGUUUCCGUUAAUAAUUGCUGCCAGGGAAGGGUUUAGGACUGACUGUUUGGGUCUGCAUACCUGUCUCUUCUCUAGACGUGGCAAGCUGCAGAGGGAGUCAGACUUCAUGGCCAGUGUAGACAGCAGCUGGAUCUCUUGGGGUGUGGGAGUCUUCAUCCUGAAGCCCCUGAAGUGGACCCUCUCCAGUGUGCUGGGUGACAGUAAAAUACCCGAGGAAGAGGAAGUUCUGAUUUAUGUGGAGCUGCUUCAGGAGAAGGCGGAGGAAGUUUAUCGCCUGUAUCAGAGCUCUGCGCUUUCUUCACACCCUGUUGUUGCCCUCUCGGAGCUGCGGUCUCUCUGCGCCGGUGUUUGUCCGGAUGAAAGGACGUUCUACUUGUUGCUGCUCCAGCUGCAAAAGGAAAAGAGGGUCACGAUCCUGGAACAGAAUGGAGAGAAGAUAGUGAAGUUUGCUCGAGGUCUUCAUGCCAAAGUCUCCCCCAUGAAUGAUGUGGACAUUGGAGUGUAUCAGUUGAUGCAAAGCGAACAGCUGCUGUCACAGAAGGUGGAGUCCCUUUCCCAGGAAGCAGAAAGGUGUAAAGAGGAUGCCCGGAGUGCUUGUAGAGCUGGGAAGAAGCAGUUGGCGCUGAGAUGUUUGAAAUCGAAACGAAGGACGGAGAGGCGCAUCGAAGAGCUUCAUUCCAAGCUGGAUGCAGUGCAGGGGAUCUUGGAUCGUAUAUACGCCUCCCAGACUGACCAGAUGGUAUUUAAUGCCUAUCAGGCUGGCGUGGGAGCUCUGAAACUCUCAAUGAAGGAUGUUACUGUGGAGAAGGCAGAGAACCUGGUGGAUCAGAUACAAGAGCUUUGCGAUACUCAAGACGAAGUAGCUCAGACUCUGGCUGGAGUGGGGAUCAAUGGUCUAGAGAUGGACACCGAGGAGCUUGAGAAGGAGCUGGACAGUCUCCUCCAGGACUCGACAAAGGAGCCUGUGGAUCUGCCUCCUGUUUCUCAGAUGGCGCUGAAUCCACCUAUGUCUGAUGCUGAGCUUGAAGCUGAAUUGGAAAAGCUCUCCGUUGUCGAUGGAGAUUUGGCACAAAAGACCCCCUCUGCUUCCUCUGAACCCAAAACAGCUCUGGGACUGAAUCUCUAA